AAAGCGAAAAUCCAUCGGAUUAAAACAGAAAAAUUCCGUGUUUCCCUUUUGUUCCGUUAAAAAAAAGGUGGUUGUCGAGUUUUCAAUUCAAAUCUAGGGUUAGGCGACUAUAAUCAAAGUCCACUACACAACCAUAAGCGUCUGUUGGCAUUUAGUGAAACUGAACAAGUAGAUUUGGAGGCAACUGCUAUAAAUACUAAACGGAAAUAGAAAUCUGAAAACUGAAAAUAAAUUUGCAAAAAUAAUUUUGUGAAAAAUGUAUUUGAAAGUGGUGUUAGUGUGUAUGUGCAUAUUGAUAUUGACCAGCCCUGUAACUGAAGGACGACGUGGUCGUGGUAGAGGUCGUACCAAAUCUAGGGUACAAAUUGGUCUGCCCAUUACGGGAAAGUAUCGAGAUCCGGAAUCUGAUCAGUAUUACAAUAACAAUAAUGGAGCCAAAAUCCUACAAGCUUCACACUUUGAUUAUGAAUAUGUUUUGGGCCAUAAAAUAGCCUUCCUGUGUGUGGCCAAAGGUAAUCCCCGACCUCAGAUAACCUGGUACAAGGAUGGCACAGAGAUUUUCCAACAUCUCUAUAUGCAUGUCCAUGAAUGGCGCAUUGGUGAUGAUCGAGUUAAAUCUAAAAUCGAAAUUGAUCCUGCCACCCAAAUGGAUGCUGGACUAUAUGAAUGUACCGCCGACAAUAUGUAUUCCAUUGAUCGCCGCAGUUUCAAAACAGAUUUUUCAAUUGCUUUCGAUUAAAUCUCAUGGUGGUGAUGGCAACGAGCGUGUGUGUGUGUGUGUGUGUGUAAGCAGAGAGAGGAUUUGCUGUUUUUUACUUUCCAUUGCCCCCAAAGAGGUGAAGGGUGCCUGUGAACAAGAGAUUUAGUUUUUGAGGGAUUCCAAAUCAUGGCUUGGCUUGCUUGAGUUGCUUUUUUCCAUUUUUUUAUUUGCAAAUAACAACAACAAAAAUAACGAUGUCAGUUCGGAUGUCGACAGUGUUGAGCUUUUAAUUUUUCAAGUAUUUUGCUUUAUUUGUCCAAAGUCUAAGUGUUUUUUUUUUGUACACGUAUGUCGUUUUUUUCUGUUCGCUGAUUUUUUGUAACACAAAACGCAAAAAAUAAACUGAAAAUUUUCUAUAAAACGGAAA